CCAGCAUCUCCCCCCUCCCUGGGUGAGAGCAUGUUUCCUCCUGGUCUCAGGCACCUCCUCUUCCUUUCCUUAUUUAUGUUCCUUUCAGUUUUUGUCCUUCUCUAAAGGUUAUUUUGUCCAUCCUUCAAUCUCUAGAGGAGCCCUCUCUUUCUUACAGCAAAAGAAGACAGGGGUCCCUGCUCCUGAAGACCCCCAAGGGGGAGGGUCCCCAGCCUAUCUCCACCCAAGCCUCUCCUCUUUCUAGGUAGAAGGUUCCCCAGAAGCAGCGAGGUCUGACGGCUGAUUUGGACCAGCUCCAGUUUUGCCACCAGCUGUGGGUAAUCACACCUACUUCUCCGUGCUCUGUCUUCUCACUCAGGAAAUACAAAGAGAACCUUCAGCUGGCUCCCAGAUGCACUGAAAGCUCACCUAACUGAUCUGCAAGGACUCAGAGCCAGGAUUCAAACUCGGACCUGCUGAUUGCUGAGCUGGAGGGCUUGGCUUCCGCACUCUCCUGCAUCCCAGAGCCUGAAAGGAGAAGGCAUGGGGGCUUCUCCACCCAAGGCAAGAGGACUCUGGAUCCAACUCCAGAAACUUCUGACCUCGCUGGUGGGACAGCAAGACCGGGAUCAGGGUCUGGACGAGGCCUACAUGCUGCAGCAGAAGAGAAUCCGAGAGUCUCCUCUGCUUCGGGCAGCCAAGGAAAAUGACCUGUGUGUCCUGAAGGAGCUUCUGGUGGACCAAACCUGUGACUUUCAGCAACGAGGAGCUCUGGGGGAGACCGCGCUGCACAUAGCCGCCCUCUAUGACAACCUGGAGGCCGCCAUGGUGCUGCUGGAGGCCGCCCCGGAGCUGGUCAAGGAGCCCACCAUACGUGAGCCAUUUGCAGGUCAGACGGCACUGCACAUAGCCAUCAUGAACCAGAACAUGAACUUGGUGAGAGCCCUGCUUGCCCACGGGGCCAGCGUGUCUGCAAGAGCUCUAGGCUCAGCUUUCCGCCUCAGUCCCCGCAACCUCAUCUACUUUGGGGAGCACCCUUUGUCCUUUGCUGCCUGCAUGGGCAGCGAGGAGAUCGUGAGGCUGCUCAUCGAGCACGGAGCUGACAUCCGGGCCCAGGACUCCCUGGGAAACACAGUGCUGCACAUCCUUGUCCUCCAGCCCAACAAAACCUUUGCCUGCCAGAUGUACAACCUGCUGCUGUCCUACGACAGGCGUGGGGACCGCCUGCAGUCCCUGGAGCUCGUGCCCAAUCACCAGGGCCUCACCCCCUUCAAGCUGGCCGGAGUGGAGGGCAACACCGUGAUGUUCCAGCACCUGAUGCAGAAGCGAAAGCACAUCCAGUGGACGUGCGGGCCGCUGACCUCCACCCUCUACGACCUCACGGAGAUCGACUCCUGGGGAGAGAAUGUGUCCUUUCUAGAGCUCGUGGUCUCUUCCAAGAAGCGGGAGGCUCGCCAGAUCCUGGAACAGACCCCUGUGAAGCAGCUGGUGAGCUUCAAGUGGAAGAAAUAUGGGCGGCCGUAUUUCUACAUCCUGGGUACCUUGUACGUGCUCUACAUGAUCUGCUUCACCAUGUGCUGCAUCCACCGUCCCCUCAAGUCCCGCUGUAGCAACCGCACAAAUUCCCGAGACAUCACCAUCCUCCAACAGAAACUGCUCCAGGAGGCCUACGUGACUCAGCAGGAUAAAAUCCGGCUGGUGGGGGAGCUGAUGACUGUCUUUGGGGCUGUGGUCAUCCUGUUACUGGAGAUCCCAGACAUCUUCAGGGUUGGUUUCUCUCGCUAUUUCGGACAGACUGUCCUCGGGGGGCCUUUCCACGUCAUCACCAUCACCUACGCCUCCCUGGUGCUGGUGACCAUGGUGAUGCGGCUCACCAGCACCAGCGGGGAGGUGGUGCCCAUGUCCUUCGCGCUGGUGCUGGGCUGGUGCAGUGUCAUGUACUUUGCCCGAGGAUUCCAGAUGCUGGGCCCCUUCACCAUCAUGAUCCAGAAGAUGAUUUUUGGAGAUCUGCUGCGUUUCUGCUGGCUGAUGGCUGUGGUUAUUCUGGGAUUCGCCUCAGCGUUCUUUAUCAUCUUCCAGACAGAGGACCCAUCCCGUCUGGGCCAGUUCUAUGACUACCCCACGGCGCUGUUCAGCACCUUUGAGCUUUUCCUCACCAUCAUCGAUGGCCCCGCCAACUAUGAUGUGAACUUGCCCUUCAUGUUUAGCGUUGUCUACUUUGCCUUCGCCAUCAUCGCCACGCUGCUCAUGCUCAACCUGUUCAUCGCCAUGAUGGGCGACACACACUGGCGGGUGGCCCAUGAACAGGACGAGCUCUGGAGGGCCCAGGUUGUGGCCACCACGGUGAUGCUGGAGAGGAAGAUGCCUCGCACCCUGUGGCCUCGCUCUGGCAUCUGUGGGUACAAGUACGGGCUGGGGGACCGCUGGUUCCUGCGAGUUGAGACCAACCAAGAUCAGAAUGCGUUUCGAGUGCGUCGCUAUGUGGAAGCUUUCAAGGGCUCAGACAAGGAGGAAGGACAAGAGAGUCUUUCUGAGAAGCAGCCCUCGGUGGUUGAAAGUGGGACUCUAGCCAGAGCCUCCCUGGCUCUCCCAACUCCUUCCCUGUCCCGGACCACGUCUCGAAGCAGCAGCAGUCACCGGGGCUGGGAGAUCCUUCGUCGCAAUACCCUGGGACACUUGAAUCUCGGGCUGGACCUUGGGGAGGGGGAUGGAGAGGAGAAUGUCUACCAUCUGUGACUGGGACCCCUGUUACUCUUGUCCCGCCUCCAGGUAGUUCUGGGUGGGGGCAGAGAGGGAGACGUCGCCUGUGCGAGUAUCUGACUUCCGUGCCUGUUAAUUGUGGGGGGGGGGGGGGUGGACAGGGUAAGUCUUAAAAGUCGUGUCUUCCCUUCACAUCAGCAUUUCUGGGGAUGAGCAAAGGACCCCACACAUCUUCUGGCUUCUUGGAAGUUUCACAUCUUGGGAAAGAAGGUACCUUUUCUAGCAAAGUUAGAUUUGGCAACUAAGGACACAAGGUAGGGGUGCUAGACCCCUGACAGGGCUCUCUCCAUUUCUGUCCCACGUGGCGCUAGCUCCUCAGCUGUGACGCCUCCCUGGUUGCACAGGGCUUAUAAUGUGGGAGGAGCCAGGCACGGCAUUGAGCGUUUCACCUUCUCCUGCGCCCCAUACGACUCCUUCUCCUCACCUAACAACCAAGCCCCAACUAGAAAAUUGCAAAAAAAAAAAAAAAGGGGUUCUUUAUCCUUCAUUUAAAAAAAAGUGUACUGUAAUAAGAUACGCAUAAUAUAAAAUUUACCAUUUUAACUCUUUUUAGGUGUACCAUUCAGUGGCAUUAAGUACAGUCACAUUGUUGGGUAUCCAUCACCACUAUUCAUCUAUGGAAUUUUUUCAACUGAAACUCUUGUAUCCAUUAACUAUUAACCUCCAUUACCCCCUCUCCAAAGCCCCUGAUAAGCAGUAUUCUGGUUUCUGCUUAUGACUUUGAUUGCAUUAGGUGCCUCAUGUAAGUGGAAUCGUACAAUAUUAGUCCUACUGUGCCUGGCUCGUUUGACUUAGCGUCAUGUUUUCAGGAUUCAUCCAUGCAGAGCAUGAGCCAGAAUUGCAUUCCUUGUAGAGGUC